AUGACAUCAAUAGCAGCUUCUUUGUCACGGGCUCUACCGAAGCCCAAGUAUACAGGCGAAGAAGAGGAGAUACCACACCACGCGCAGCAACGAGGACCUCGCAUCCUUGGAGCUGGAACCCUCGAUGACACCCAAAUAGUAUUGAAGAAAUCUGGCCCUCCACCGUAUGGCAACAGAGCGGGGUGGCGACCGAGAGGACAGGAAGAUUUUGGAGAUGGAGGCGCCUUUCCCGAGAUCCCAGUCGCGCAAUACCCGCUGGACAUGGGGCGGAAAUCACAGUCUUCCAGUAACGCGCUGGCAAUUCAAGUGGAUGCAGAGGGGAAGGUCAAAUACGAUGCUAUUGCGCGACGAGGACACAAUGAUAAGCGGAUCGUUCACGCCUCGUUCAAGGAUCUUAUACCACUCCGACAGCGUGCUGAUGCAGGGGAAAUCAACCUGGAUCGACCGAGUGAGGAGGAGGUAGCUGCUACGAAGGAACGGACACAGAAUGCUCUCGCAGCACUGGUGAGCGGCGCGGUGGCGGCACAAAAGCCUAAGAACGUGAACGUCGGACCGCGGAAGGAACCGACAUAUGUUAGAUAUACUCCGGCGAACCAAAUGGGCGACACAAGCAAGAAGAAUGACCGCAUUAUGAAGAUUGUGGAAAGACAGGUUGAUCCCAUGGAGCCUCCGAAGUUUAAACACAAGAAGAUUCCGAGAGGUCCACCUAGUCCCCCGCCUCCUGUCAUGCACUCGCCACCACGGAAAUUGACAGCAGAGGAUCAGGAGGCUUGGAAGAUCCCACCACCCGUCUCGAACUGGAAGAAUCCGAAGGGUUAUACUGUUCCGCUAGACAAGAGAUUGGCUGCGGAUGGACGAGGUUUACAAGAUGUCACUAUCAACGACAAGUUUGCGCAGUUUGCCGAGGCGCUCUUUACAGCCGACAGACAUGCUAGAGAAGAAGUCAAGCAGAGAGCGCUUAUGCAGCAACGGUUAGCGGAGAAGGAGAAGGCGCAAAAGGAAGAACAUCUUCGUAUGCUUGCCCAAAAGGCCCGAGAAGAGAGGGCUGGAGCUGGAAGACGGGUCUCAAGAUCUUCAAGAUCACGUUCUGGAAGCUAUAGCGAAUCAGAAUCGGAUCGUUCUGAGAGCGAUGACGAGGAAGUCAGGGAGAGAGAGAAGCUGCGUAGGGAGAGGAUGCGAGAGGAGGAACGAAAAUUCCGACAAUCGCGAAUGGGCACUGAAAGGAAACUGCAGAUGUUGAGUCGAGAACAGGGGCGUGAUAUCUCGGAGAAGAUGGCUCUAGGUCUUGCGAAGCCUACGCAGUCCACGGAAGGCAUGUUUGAUUCACGACUGUUCAACCGCACGAGUGGAUUCGACUCGGGCUUCAACGAGGAUCAGGCAUAUGAUAAGCCUCUAUUUGCAGCUCAAGACGCAGUUAAUAGCAUCUAUAGACCUCGACACAAUAUGGACGAUGGCGACGAUGACGAGGCUGCCGAGGCGGAAAUGGGCAGGAUUCAAAAGAGUAGCAGGUUUGCGGAGGCGCUUGGGAAAGGGACUUUCAAGGGUUCUGCUGAUGUCGAGGCGAGGGAGGGACCGGUUCAGUUCGAGAAGGAUACGGGGGAUGUUUUCAAUGUGGAUGAGUUCCUGAACAAGGUGGGGGAGAGUUCGAGUAAGAGAGAAUACGGCCUCCAGGAAGGAGAGGAGCGAUCGACAAAGCGCGCGAGGAUUGAUGAGGACGAGGAUUAG